ACCUGGUGACCGCUUUUUAUGCCGCUUAAGGGAAUCACAUUCGACUUGGGCUCGGCAAGAAAUUUACCCUCUCUAUAAGUGGAGCAAAAGUUUAUAAAACCGAGGAUUGUAAGCGACGCGCCUCUAGUUUGGUCCAGAACUUCUCAUCUAUUGAUUCUCGCACAUUUCGACGGAAAGAAAAUCAUGUUCAAACUAUUGAUACCUUGUCUAAUAUGGUUGUCAACGGUGCGCUCGGAGGCUGGGAUGCAGAUGAACAUGCCGGAUGAGCCGCUGAUGGACAAAGCAGUGGAUACUUCGAUAUUAAAGGCAAAGAGAGAAUCCAUUCAUCAGCCUUGCGGACCAAUAUACUCGCAUGUUCCCGCUUAUUCACCGCCGUCCGUUUACGUUAAACCCUUGCUUCAGCAGGCUUAUCUGAAAAAGGAGCUGGGGGUAGCACAACCCUUAGCUCAUUUGCAGUAUAUUCAACAACCGCCCGCCUACGCCGCCGUAGUACCGAAACCGGCCAUCACAUAUGUGAAGCCGGUGACACCUGCGAUAAAUUAUCACCCCGUACAUCAACCCCUACAGUACAUCAAGCCCGUGAUGCCCGUCUAUCAGAAGUCUUCGCUGUCGUACGCGCCAAUCUAUCAAAAACCAUUGUACUCUUACGCACCUAUGUAUCAGCAACAACAACUUAUGUAUCAUGACGUGAUGCCGAAAGUCUUCCUCAAGAAGUAUGAGACGCCUAUUGCCCAAAUCGCCUAUCAAAAGCCAUUGGUCCAUGCUCCCGUUCAGUACGAGGCGCCGAAGGUGGUGCAGAUACAAGCGCCGCAGUUAUCCUACGCAAAACCCGUUGUUCAUGUUCCAUCACCCUUAUAUGCCCCGCAACCCAUUCAUAAUUCUGUCAUAGUUAAGCCGCAUUGUGUAUAGAUGACUCGAUUGCGCGCAACGUAGAUGUAGAGCUUUACAGAAUAUGAGAACUCUCAAAUAUUCAGCGAGCAACUUUUUCAUCGAUUGGCAUUUAAACAAAAAGUAACGCCGAUAGAUUGUAAUAAAUAAAAAUGUGUAAAAUUUUAGCUUAAUAAUAUAAUGCGUUUGUAUACAACACAUCUCUUUUCGAAUGUCAGAAUUUAUCAAGUUACAAAAAAACAGAUUGUCAAAAAUGAUUUAAUCUGAAAUGUAUAAUAAAAUUAUUUUCCUUUUUCAAUCGAGUGUUGAUUUUUUAUUAGAGUGCAGAAUGCAAAAAAUAUGAAAUAUCAGAUAUAAAUACAGAUGUAUAACAUAUCAUAAAAUAAAGAAAUCACGUAAUAGUAUUACAAAUAGAAAAAUUAUAUGACUUAAAAAUUAAUGUCGGAAUUUGCUGCUAACCAUGAAUUUUCGCUACUUGUUCAAAUUUUCAUCCAGAGAAUUAUAUGCAUAUGAAUUUUCUAAGCAUAAGUAUAGAGUACAAUUAUGUUACGGAGUUGCAGACAUCUUCCACUUAUAUCUAGAUUGCAUCUCCUGAGAUCUUAAUUCUUCGAACUAUGAAACCUCACUAGCAUGAAAUUUCUCCGAUUGUUCUCAGAAAAUCGCAUCAUCAUACAUUACAUGUACAAAAUAUCAAAUAUUACAAAAUUUAAAUUAUUAUUCCAAAAAAGAAUAAAAAUGUAUAAUUACACAUAAUUCUAGUUUCGAUUGUAAAUACUUAUGGGAGAUUAUAAAUAUUUCAGAUAUCAAUAUAAACAUUUUCGAACAAUAAAAUAAUUGUACAAUUUUAUGUUUUUGUUGCAAAUUGGCAUAAGAGUUUCUUGCCCUUUUGUCGCGCCAAAAGCAAAUUGAUUACCGAUAUCUACUAAAACUGGAUGAAUUAAUGAUAGUUCGUCGGUGAGUUUUCCACCUAUUCCCAAGGAUUCUGAAGACUCACAUACAAUUUCGUCACAUA